UUUACAUAAUUGUAUGUGCCUGUAUAUUCAUGUACAGGUAUCAGGGUGUAUUUUCUAGUGUGUUAAGUGAAUUUGAAACAGAUUCAGGAGUAAAAUGGUACCUUAUCUUUACUUAAAGUAGAAGCAUUAGAAUGAGAAUAGCCUGUUUACUAAAGGAAUGGAUAGAAUUAGAUGUUGAUUCAUUAAGAGGGCUGGCAGUGUCUCUUGCAUCUGAAUCUGACCUUCAAUAUUGCAGCUGAUGAUGUCAAGCCUGAGGAGAAAGGCAACAGCAGUCAGACAGGAAAACAUGAGGAUUCUUCUUCUGGAGGAGGCAACAACAACAACGAUGAGGACGGCAAGGAUUCUGAGGAGCUGAAAGAUGGCUGUCCCAAGGGCAACAAGGUCAAAGGUCAUACCAGGAUGAAGGGAAAGGUCAGCAGGAGAAGUGUGUCUCCAGAGAAAUGGAAUCCAGUCAGAGGUUUGGAGUCUGUCAUCCAUGUGAGCAGUACUGAGACUGUUAAAGCCAAGGGUAAGCACACAAGGAACCACUCCAAGUUGCCCUUAGGUAUGCGUCUGAGUGAGUCUGUAAUCAAAAUGACCAGAAAACAGUCAUACGCUUCACCUGUGAAAUCCUGCAUUGUUGAAAACAAGUGCGCUGAGAAGGCAAGUGUCAGCAACAGUUGUAGGUCUCCGGAUUUGCAUUUGAGUAAAGGUGUUCCACUGCAGACCAGUAUCCAAGACUUCCCCACUUGGCACAGGAAGGGCAAGCCCACGCGGGGUCAUGAAUCAGAGAAGUCUGGGUUUUCACAGACUUACGAGGACUCUCAACAGGUGGAGGAUCAGCCUCUUGACCUGUCCAGUAAACCAAAGAAAAGAAAAGCCAAGUGUGAGCCCAAAGUUCCAUGCUCCAAAAAAGUGUCUUCUCUUGAAGCCACUGAUCUUUCGUCAAGCUUGCAAAGCUUGCAGCAGAAGUUCGGCGGUGAUUUCCCCUUCCAGACUUCUCGGCGGCCACGAAUUGGUCUAACAGAACAGUAUUACAUGUCUCACUUACACGUCAGUACCAGUUCCUUCUCCAACUGGAGGAAAUCUUCUUCUCGCGGCGGUCAGCACCAGGAGUAUAGACAGGCUGAUCACGCUGAUAUUAAAAACGGACAUUGUGAUGAACAGGCACAUAGCAGUGAGUCCACAGUAAAGGGGGAUAACACUGCUCGAAAUUCACAAACAGUUAAUGCAAUUUUGACCAAGAUUAGCGGUUCCUCGGACACUGACAAACAAGACUCGUGCGCGAACAAACACACAACUCACCGGUGUUCUUGUCAAAAGACAUUUCACACUUUGUAUGAACUCAGUAUCCACCUUCAGGAGAGUGGCCAUUCACCUGGGGUAGGGAAGCAGACGAGCCUGAUGGAAUACCCCAAACUCGUCCGAGGCCAGGACAUGUGGCUGAACCAGGGCUCAGAGCAAACCAAACAAAUCCUGAGGUGUAUUCAGUGUGGAGAGUCAUUCAAGUCUCUCCCCGAGCUGACUGUUCACAUGAUGGAGACGCAGCAUUACACGAAAAUCGUGAGCACAGAACACGGACGCCGAGCCCACAAGUGUUCAGCUUAUUGCGAGAGGGAAUCAACGGACAGUGAUUGUGUCUUUAAGUGCAAGAUAUGUCACAAGGUUUUCUCCGACAUGGAGGCCUUAGCAAAUCACAUGGUCAUAUCGGGUCACCAUAGAAAACAGAGUGUGCGUUCAUGUGGCGACAGUUUAACAGAGGCCAGUGUGAACAAACAAUACCGCAAACGUCUUCUGGAUGACUCGUCUGUGGUACUGAACAAAGCUGCUCAUUUGGAAAGUAAACGAACGUUGUUAAUGCCAUCACUGUGUGCUGGUGACCUUCACAGAGACAGUUCUAGGGCAAGAUCACCAGCUAACAAAGUACUGAGAACUGUUCACCCAAGUGACAAAAAGAUAGCAUGUGAAAAUUGUGGAAAUAAGAUUGAAAUGGAAAUGUUUGUGGAACAUAUCAGAUACUGUUUAAGAAAAAGGGUAGAAGAAAUUCAUCAUUUGAGACUUUCAGAGUUGCCUUCCCCUUGUGAGGAUGACGGAAAGGCAAGAGGAAAUGAUUCUCUUUUACUAAAAAAGGCCAAGUGGGGCCUGAAGCAAAAAGAUUCAGAAAGAAUGAGGUUGUACGUUGCUGGGGACAGACACAUCAGUCAGAGAAAGCUUAAUUCUUCACAUUGCUUGAACUCCUCAUCAAAUGGAGAAGUUACACAUUCUCACAAAACCAACACCAAAGCCCUGUCUUCAAAUCAUGUGACAGCUAGUCCCAACCUUUCAGCUGAAAAUAAUUCAAAAGUGAAAUGUCAGUCAGCACCAAGUUCCCCAUGCAAUUCUGUCAGGAGUGACUACGUGUGUUCAAGCAGAUUCCCUGUCUCCAGCAAGCAUGUCAUGGAAGCUGUCUCCAGAGAUAAACUUUCUAAAUCCCCUAAUCUGGAACUGUCCCCCAAGCCCUUGCUCUCGCAUUGUCGCGAGAGCCAGUCCUCCCACGGGAGUGAUCCUCGGUGUUCUCCAGACCCUGGCAUUAAUUCUCCCCGGGAGGAAAGGAAUGGAGAGUGUAAACUUUCUGAGGACACCACAUAUCAUCCACCUGUCAUCCAGGCUGUGGACACUGUGGACUCUUCCUCUUUAGACCAGGAUCGUAGGUCAGUGUCACCUCCUUCUGGUGGAUUUAGGUCAGGGUCACCUCCUCUUGCUGGAAUUAGGUCAUCGCCUCCUCCUCCUGCUGGAAGUAGUUCAAGAUCACAGAGCCCCGGGAGCUCUGAGGGAUUGAUAUGUCCUAGAAUAAUGGUAAAUGGGUUUGUAUCUGAUUUGUCACAGUCCCCGAGUCCAGAUCGGUGUUACAGUUCAACACCUGAUAAGAAAUCAUCCACAGAUCCGGCUGAACCCACAGCACAGGAGCUAAACCUCCCCACAAAUGUCAAGGUGGAAGAUGAAAAAGACUCUGAUGAUGAGUCCAGUAUAAAGGAGUCCAAAUCCAAAUCAUAUGAGGAAAGGUCACCAUCGGCCAUAGAACAGAUGAUUCUGGAAUAUUCUAGCAACUCCAUGCAGGAAUCUGUAAGUCAUUUGAAGAAACUGACAGAAAUUAAGCUACCACUGAGAGAUAAUCAUGGCCGUGGUUUGCAGAAAUCUGGUCACAGCCUCCAUGACAACCAUGGGGGCGAGAAAAACAAGGAAUGUGGUAAUCUGUCCAAACCGUUAGACAUCAUCGACCCUGACAGUUCAGAUUCAAUAGCACCAGCGAUAAACGCUUUGAAGGCCAUGGAAAAUCUCAUCCAGAAAAGUUUCGAGUCCAAAAGUGAUAAAACCCCUAAAAAAUUAUGUCCCAUAGACAUGCUGCGACAGCCCCUGUAUGGCUGGUUCUAUCAGAGGGACAUGUACAAGGCAUAUCCUAGCAGUCAGGGUCUCAAGAAGGACAUUGGUCAUGUAGGGGUGAACCAAAGAGAGAAACCCAAACUGUCAGAUGAUAGCAAACCUGCUGCAGGAAACCAGACAAAUGGUGUACAUAAGACUGAUGAUAUCAACAUGGAAACUAGAUCUCCAGAAGUCAAAGUUAGCAGUAGUUCAGAGGAAACUCCUGUCAAACGAGAAUCUGUUGUUUGUAAAUACUUGAACUUUUUUGAUGAAACUUCGUCAGAAAACGGGAAAAAGUCUAAGGGAUCUGCUUUAGACUCUCUUAGUUCUUUUGUGUAUGGGCAGCCUUUGACCAGUGAACAUCCAUUAGACAGCCUGCAGAGGCUUAUUUCGAAGGCAGACACGCCCCUUGACUCACUGGCUGGGGGCCGAGGCUCGUACAAACACCCUGCUAGUACUCCCGAGCCUUCAGGGGGAGGCUGUAGCUCCGAUGGGGAUGACUUACCUCUAAAUCUGACUGUCAAAUGUCAGGCUGUCAAGAGUGAGGAGCACUGUCCAUCAUCAUCGCACCAGCUUGAGGCCGAUCCGAAAAGCGAGGACAGUCCAUCUGGAAACAGUGACGGAGAAUUCAUGGAGUACAAGUGCCCAGCCUGUAACCGCCACUUUGCCACCAAAGGUUCUUAUCGUUAUCACUUGAGCAGGUGCCACCUGUCCACAGUGAAGAAGUACGGCAUCAGCACGGCGUUUCACAUGAGUCCUUACAUUUACUUGCCGCUGGACCAUACUGCCAAGUUCACCAAGUACUACGAGAUGGCUCAGGAACUGGCUGGCAAAGAAUUGACCGAGGAACAGCAAGAUAAAUAGAUGCGAACAUACUGCAAUAGCAGCUGUGAACAUUUUCAGUGAAAUUUUGACUUUCACCUCUUUGGUUGACUGGACAUGUGUCUCUAGUCCUUGGUACAUUUGAAAUUAAUAAGCUCUAAUGUACAUGUAAGGAGCUAUGCUGAACCAUAUGUGCCAUUCUAAGCCAGUCAUACGUCACCUUGUCACUUGACCAGCUGUUGCAGUUUGUGGUCACAUUUCCAUUGGGCACCUGUAAAUUCAUGGAGCUCUUCUCAUAAGAAACAUCUUUUCUGCACCCAGUGACUACAGUAUCUUACAUACAUGUACAUAUCAGAGUUUUAAGUGGUGUAAAUUAUAAAUUGUACAGUGUUUAUGACCAUUUUCAGUGCUACCGAUUUGGUAGUUUAACAUGGUGUUGGAGUUUGUUGGGUCAACCAAUGGUGUAUGCUGUAAUACUCCAACCAUACAUACAUAUAUAGACAUACAUACUAAUGGUAUACACAAGACAUUUCCUGACAGAAUGUAAGCUCUACUUGAUCAGCAUGGAGGUAAAAUAAUGUAUAGAAUGUUUUAAGAUGAGGCUCAAGGAUUUAUACAGUCAUGUACAUGCAUCAUUUCUUUUCGAAUUAUUUAAUCUUGAAGUUUUGUGAAUAUUACAUUUUCAUACUUGUAGAAUUAGGUUGAAAAUGGCCUAUCAUGAUACUUUUUAAGAAGAGAUUUUAAAGUCUUCAGACCUUUAAUACAGUUCACAGCCCUGACCUUUUUUUUUCGUUUUUUUUUAUUGACUGCAGUUAUAUUUUUAGAGAUUGGCUCAAGUUUUAACAACUGUACAUUAUUUCCUGGUUGAGCUUACAUUCAGUUAUGUGCGUGUACAUUUUUCAGUUGGUAUCUUUGAAAAGAUCUACAAGUGGGAAUCAAGACACAUGUUCACACAUCAAGUAUUUAAUAAGUUUCACCUCUGAAAGAGGCAUUAAAGUGAAAGCAUGUUGUCCGCUCCUCCCUGCCUUCACUUUUGUCAACUCACAUUACCCCAACUCCACCCCCAAAUGGUUUAACCAUUCCUUUUCAUGAAAAGUUUGUAGUCAAGUGCUGUAUAUUUUCUCAUUCCAAAUGUUUUUAUUUAUAAAUAUAGAGCUCGAUGUAGAUCUAGCCGGCAAAUCCUGCUUCAUGCAUUCCCUAUAUUGUACAUGUAUCCCAUACCAUCCCCUUUCAUCUUUUUGGUUCAAAACCUGUAUCACAGCCUCAAUACUUUUAUACAUAAUGUCUGUAUGGAGGGAACAGGCUUAAUUCCAUUUAACCACCUGAUCACAGGAUUUGGCAUGGAACUAUUAAUAAUGAAUAAUUUGAAUGACUUUCUCCUUCUUGGUAUGAUGCAAAGUGUAACAAUAUAAAAUAUAGUUUGUUUCUCCCUUGUGUUUUUUAUUUUUUUUUUUUUUUACAAAAAAAAAAUAAACAGUUUUUAUUUAUUUAUUUUUAUAAACUUUUUUUGUUAAUGGCUAUUACUGUAGGCAUACUGGGAGCUCAUUUUUCAGUCUAGAAAUGAACUGUCACUCCCAGUUUUUACCAUUGCAGGAGUAGAAUGUUUUUGUACAUGUUUUAACAAAAGUAAUUUCCUUGUAUUGAAUAUUGAUUUAUUCUGGGUAUCGUGAGCUGCCUGCCAGAGGAAAAGUGUUGAGAAAAGUGUAUUGUUUCCUGUAGUUGAUAGUAUCUGAAUACUGACAACAUGAGCAUUGAAACGAUUCCAUACACACAGGCCAAAUACUUGUUCAUGAAUCCAGAGUUGUUACCGCUAAAUUUUCAUUGAGUGGCAUCUAUAUAUGGCCACUUACCAUGCCAUGUUGCUGUAUUAUUUCACAGUUUUUUUACACAUGUAGGACACAAGAACUAGCUAAAAUCCAUAAUUCAGAACUCUCUGCUCGCUAUAUAUAUGUAACGUGUACAGUGGAGUGACAUAACAUUGCCACUUUCUUCCGAUGUGAGCUACCUUUCUCCUUCCUUUAUCAUCACAGAUCAUUAGUUUAGAGUUAACUAUAAGCAAUAUUUUAGGAUAUCUAUAAUCCUGAACUACCUAAAUUCAGAAUAUCGGUGUCAUCUUUUUUUUCAGAAUCACGAUACCUUGGAGUAAUGUCAGUUCGCAUUUCCAGAAUAAGCAACUCUUUAGCGUGUUAGUAAUUAGAUAUUAUCUGAAUUAGUACUAAACCACAGCAUGUGUAUCUGAAGAUAUUUCUGCAUCCCAAACCAUUUAAAUUCACAACACAAGUUGUAAAUGUUAUCUUUUGGACUACUUACCGUUACCAGUACUAAAUAUGAAGGAGAAUAUUAAAUUGCACAGAAUUGCCCCUACAUGAUUUAUAGCUCAAUAGUGAAUAACCCCACAAGGGAGGUAACUGGGCAUUGUAACGCCAAGAGCGUACAUGUACGUGUAUUGGCAGGAAGUGUUGGACAACUUUCAAGGUUUUACAAGCAGAAUGUAGUCGAAAAUUUUCACUUUUGAAUACCUUUCAGAUUCUUUCUUUUCAUUGUCCCUAUUCCUGUGUAGGCCUACUGCUGUGUGUUGGAUUGAUGUUCAUUGGAUGUUAAGGUCUGAAAAUUAAUAUUGAUGGUAUGUUCUAAAAGUACAGCACACUUCAGUAUAUUUCGCGGUAUUGUUGGUACACCUUUAGGUGCAUGCAUACAUGUAUGUGCAGGCUAUGAUGACACAGUCUUCGGUUAAUACACUCAUGGUUUUCGGAAAUAGUUUUUAUUUUAUGUUUUUUUUUUUUUUUUACAACUUCUCUGAGCCACAUUUUUUGUCAUUUUCAUUUGCCAAGCGCCAUCUCACUCUUCUACAAAUUUCUUUACUUGAUAGUUUUUCCAUUCUUGCACCAUUCGUCCAUACUAUUUCAUCAGUGAGCUGAAGAGCUCUUUUUGGAACACAAUUGCUAUGGCUGAGCCUGUGUAGAUUUUGUACUGUGGUAAAUGACAAGAUUCGACAGAUAAUGUGGUGUGUCAGAGUUGUCCCUGUGGCAAAGAGAGUUGUUACGGCAUUCACAUAUACAUGUUCAUGUUUUUUCCACUACUGGUAUGUGUUGAUUUACCCUCUGGGUAUAGACUUGUACAGUCUUGUUAUCUA